CAGGCUGCAGAACUGCAUCCCUGGUAAUUCGAGCCUGAUACACUUCUGACAAUAGAACUAGAUAUACCGAGUUUCUGCUCCGUUUGAAGUGUUAGGUAAAAUGCACAGUUAUAGAAGAUAUCGACUGAAUUGUUUCUUAACUACUUUGGGAUUGCUCAUAUUUUCCUCUCAAGCUGUUGAAUACAUCACUAAAUGUGGACUCAGGUGCUCUCAGGGUCUCCAAUGCAAAAGGAAAAAUAUAGCUUCAAAUUACAGAAGCUGCCUCCAACAACCACCAUCCCUGCCCUCAAAAAUCUUGGAGGACCUCAAGAUAUCCACAGUGUUGAAAUGUGUAAAGGAAAAAGAAUGUUCCAUAUUACUGAACAUUGUGGGGACACUGAUAUUGAAUGAACACAUCCGUGGCGUGGAGAUAUGCUCUUUAUCAGUCAGCACCUAUCAAUCCCAGUGCAUAGCUGUGAAGUUCGAUAGAAACGAUUAUAAGAAGUUUACUGCACAGCCUGUGUUUAUUGAAUAUGAUUGCUUCAGUACUUCAAUGGCUGACUAUAAUUCUGUAGCAAUUAAAACAAUCCCUCACUAUUGUGAUGUUUUUCUGAAACAAGAGCAUCAAGUAGAAGAUUGUACAAAUAAGGAUAUUGGACGAAAUAUCCCAUCUUGCAUGGUUGGUAAAUUAGACUACGAAAUUAACAAAUACCAGAAGACAUUAUCGGUCCAAGUUUCGGACUUCCCUGAACAUCAUGCCUACCAUGUGCGCUUAUGCCUGAAAUGGUUUAUCUGUGAGGAUAUGGGAAUGAGUGCAUCGAUUAAGGAAGAUGACCCCAAAAAUGUCACUUUACAGUAUACUCAGAUACUGCCCUGUCUGUGCAUUGAGGGCUGGUCAGUACUUCCUGAUGCUAGAAGGAUACAACUUUGUCCAUUUAAAAACUAUACGGAAGAACUCUGGAAUGAGUUAACAUACAAUCGCGAACUGCAGGAGUUGUCAUGGCAACCAUCCUGCCCUGUAGAUGUUCUCGUUAACCUCUGUUGGAUGGGUGAAAGCGAAGAGAAUUGCGUUGAUAUACAGAACUCCUUCCACAAAAAAGUACAACAAAAGGUCACGUAUUCACGCAUAGAUCCGCAUCCAAAGCUCUGCAUGAAGUUUACCAUGGACAAACGUUCUUGGGUCAGAUGUCCGUUUGUUUAUGGAUAUUUACCAGGCUGGAACAUGAGUAUCGCUGGUCAGCUAAACAAACUGCAGCUUACCUUUGUGACUCAAGACAAAGCAGAAUUUAAGAUGGCUCUGUGCAACAGAACUACAGCUAACAAUUGUGAACCCAUAAAGGAGAUGCAUGUUACCGCAGGAACAAUGGGUGCCUAUUCUGCAGUUUUAAACUUUCCUAAUGAUGAAUGUGACAGCAACAUUUGUGUGCAGGGUUGGCGGACAGAUAUUGAAUAUUCUGUUCGGGUGCAGUUCUGCGGCAGUUUGUGCAAAGAAAACCACACAACGGCUUCCCCAAGACUUCUCUGGCCAUUGGCAAUCACCGCUAUUUUAUUGAUUACAAUAACUCUGUUAAUCUAUUCUGGAUACAUGCUAUUCACAGUUCUUCAACAGCCUUACCAAAGAGUGUUCCUGUAUUCAGGCCAAUUAUCCAGAAGCAUCAAUACAGACGUGAAAGGAAUUUCUCAGCUUUGAAAGUUUUCCAUUCCACUUUGAGCUAAUCAAAGAAUCUUGUCAUGUAACAAGGAUGAAGUUUACUCUAAGCUGUUUGGAUGUGAAGACAUAAUGCUUCAGACUGUUAGCAGAUACUGUAUCCUGAUAUUUACACCUUUGGAAUAUGACAAGGAUGAAAAUGAAGCACUUCUAGUUUGCUGAAAGAUUUCCAAAGAGGAAGAUGGGAGCAUGAUGUUGUUGUUAUAUUCCUGAUAAUAACCCAAUCAUUUCAGUCUGAUAUGUGUGAACAAAACUACAUUUAACUUCAUAUUAUCUGUCAAAUCUAUGUGAAUUAUUAUUUGCAAGUGGGUAUCACAAGAAUCUUUUCAUCUUUUGCUGUUUACUUGUACCUUUUACUUUUUGGUGAUCUAUCCUUGUCAGAGGGUGACUGUAAAUCUGAAUCAUUUACAGUUCUCAGUGGCAACAGAGUAGGCAGCUUAAAUGGCUCAGCACAGACUAGAUAGGCUGAAGGGCCUGAUUUUGUGUUGUACUUUUCUGUGACUCCUUAACAUAUUAGUGCUUAUGCAGACCAGAAGAAAGUUUUUUUUUACCAGAAAGUCAAUCUAAUUUUCAACCUUACCUAAAAUGUGACAGCAUCUGGCAGACAAAAAGUUAUUAAAUGUAGCGAUACAGUAUGGAGGAUGCCUUCUGGCCCUCUGAGCUGUGUCCUGGCAGCAACCCCACAACCCCAAUUAACCUGAGCCUAAUCACUGGACAAUUUACAAUGACCUAUUAACCUACCUGGUACCUCUUUGGACUGUGGGAGGAAACCAGAGCACCCAGUUAAAACCCACACGUUCCACUGGGAAGGUAUACAGAGCCUCCUUACGGAGCAAUGCCAGAAUUGAACUCCGAUCUCCGGAAUACCCCAAGCUGUAAUAACGUUCUGCUAACAACUACGCUACUGUGGCAUCAAAACAUAGCUUCAUCCAUGAUGUAUAACUUUGAGAAAUAUUUACAUUUGAAUUAAAAAGAAAACGUGACAACCAAUUUGGAAAUAAUUUUUCCAUGAUCAGACUACAAUAGCCAAAUAAAUAUAUUUUAAAUUCUAUAUUAAUGUAAAAGUGGUAGCGAAUAAAGAUAUUGUAAUGAAUUUUGUAAUUUGAAGAACUAUUUUGUAUUUGUUUUGUGUUAUUAUCAACACUGCAUUUGAAAGUGUACAUUAACAAAUGCUUCUGAGUAUUACAAACAUUUUUUUAAUUGGAAUCUGCACCUUCCAUUUCAGGGGGAAUAAUUUAUGACUGUUACAUCACAUAGUGAAACAAAUAUUUGGAACAACCACUUAACGUUUUAGACACCUGUUAGAUAGAAGUUUCCUUGUACGAGUUCUGCUUGUGAUGGGUUGAGCAUCGAGCUAGCAAUUCGGCCUCAUAUAACAGACAAACGCUAAAGAAAUGGCAAGGUUUUCGCCGAAUGCGCCAAACUGGUGUAGGGAGGAACAUUUAGAUAGAUGUUAUGUUUUAUAUAGAGCUUGUAUAAUCUUACCUUUGAGCCAUUUCAUUAAUUAUCAUUGAGAAAUGGUUUGAUAGAAGUUUCCUGAGAUACAAGAAAUAAUAAUCAUUGCAAUUGGUUAAAGCUUGUUAGUAACAUAUAAAACCAAAUGAAAGUGCUUCUACAAUUGUGUUUUUAUUGACUAUCUCAGUGUUUUGUGCCUCCUUGAUCUUCCAUAUAUAUAUUUAUAAGCUGAAAAUGCACCUGGAGGCAGAUACAAAAAUCCGAUUUUUUUAACUGUGUGUGUGUGUAUAUAUAUAUAUAGAAAAAAGUAUCAUUUGCUAAGUGUGUGAAAUAGAAUUUCAUUAUAAUUUUUAAAAAGCAAA